UUGUAAAAUCUCAAAAUGAAUACAUGUACUGCCACACCAGCAUAUGUCAAUGCUCAAAAAGCUUAAUUGGUUGGAGAAAAUUUCUUCAUCCAAUAAUUUUAAGUUAGUUGUUUAGGUUAAUUCUCCUAUUACAUUGAAUCCAACAAAGAAGCUGCCAUCAUUGAUCCUAUGAGAGACUAUGAAGAAUACAUGUAUUAUAUUUUCCCUAAUAUUUAUUAGUAAAUUUUGUGAAACAAGAAAUUCUGUUCUCAAAUAUGUUAUUUUAACUCAUAUUCAUGCUGAUUUUGUUGCAGGACAUGUAGAUUUAGCUAAAAUUACUGGAGCUCAAAUAGUAUUGGGUCCCUAAGCUAUUACUUAAUAUUAAGCAAAAAUUGCAUAAGAUGAAGGUAAAUAAUAUUCUGAACUAUUAUUUAGAAUUAUUACCUUUAGGAAGCACAUCUCUUAGAGUUUUACAUACACCUGGUCAUACUAUGGAAUCUAGUUGUUUUGUUUUAGUAGUAGAUGGCAAAGACUAUGCAAUUUUUAGUGGAGAUUCUUUAUUUCUUGAAGAAGUAGGCAGACCUGAUUUAGCAUCUAAAUCUUCAGGUUUAACAACUCAAUAACUAGCCUCAUUACUUUAUCAUUCUCUGAGAAAUAAAAUUCUUAAACUUAAUGAUGAUGUCAUUCUCUAUCCUGGACAUGGAGCAGGAUCUGCUUGUGGAAAAGCUAUAGGAGCAGGAACUGUUAGUACUAUUGGUGAAUAGAAACUCAAAAAUUGGGCACUAUAAAAUAUUACUGAGGAAGAGUUUGUUACAACAUCAACCGAUAUACCUGCUCCUCCUCAGUAUUUCUUCCAUGAUGUUUAAUUAGUAAUUAUCUUAUAUAUCCAUAUCUUAGAAUCGUCAAGGAGCUAAUGAUCUUUAAAAUAUUAAAUCUAAAGUUACCAAAGCUUUAAGCUAUUAAGAAUUUACUUAAAUUGCUGCUGAAGGUGUUUUGAUAUUAGAUUCUAGAGAUAUUGUUACCAAAGGAAUUAUUAAAGGAUCCAUCAAUAUCACUUAAGUUGCCACUCUUGCUUCCUUUGUUGGUAUUCUCUUUAAGCCUGAUCAAAAAAUCAUUAUUGUUGCAGAUGAAGGCAAGGAAGAAUAAACUAUUAUCAGAUUACUUAGAAUUGGAUAUGAAAAUAUUCUUGGAUAUCUAGAAGGAGGAUUUGAUAAUUAUGUUAGAAAUGGAGGAGAAGUUUAACAAUUAAAUAUUGUUGAUUUGAAAGAUUUCUUAGAUACAAAAGGACAACCUUAAAAUCAUGUUUUCAUUGAUUGUAGAAAUCCUGUUGAAUUCAAAACCUCGGGAAUUGUUCCAGGAUCUUUAAUGAUUCCUCUAUUCUAAAUAGAGAAUUAAGUAUACAUUAAUCUUAUUCUAUAUAGCUUGAUUUGAUUCCUAAAGACAAGACAUUACAUAUCUACUGUCGUUCAGGAGCCAGAGCUAAAACUGCAGCUACCAUUCUAUUAAAACAUGGUUAUUCUGACUUUGUUCUUAUAUAGAAUGCUGGUCUUGAACAUAUUGUCAAGGAACAUCAAAUUCAAGUCCAAAAAAUUGAAUGAUUCCUAAUUAUACAUAACAAAUUAAUUUAAAUCAUUUACAUUUCCU